CGAGGAGACACGAUGUGAUAUUCCUGAAAACCAAAAGGUAAAAGAAGCAAGAUCUGCCGCGGCUCCAUUUUCUGGUCGCCUCCUCCGCCACUGCCAUCUCCCUCCUCUGUCCUCCGUACCACUCGUCUUCGUCUAGCCGCCGACCGCCACCACCAUGGCACCCGGCCUCUACACCGACAUCGGCAAGAAGACCAGAGAUCUGCUGUACAAGGACUACAACACGCACCAGAAGUUCUCCCUCACCACCUGCUCCCCCAAUGGCGUCGCAAUCACAGCCGCAGGAACAAGGAAAAAUGAGUCCAUCUUUGGUGAGCUUCACACCCAGAUUAAGAACAAGAAAUUGACAGUUGAUGUCAAAGCAAACUCAGAAUCAGAUCUUUUGACAACAAUCACUGUCGAUGAGUUUGGUACUCCAGGGCUAAAAUCAAUUAUCAAUUUGGUUGUUCCAGACCAGAGGUCAGGGAAGCUUGAAUUCCAGUACCUACAUGAAUAUGCUGGUGUGAAUGCAAGCGUCGGGCUUAAUUCCAACCCUAUGGUUAACCUUUCUGGUGCCUUUGGAAGCAAAGCACUAUCAGUCGGCGUUGAUGUCUCAUUUGAUACGGCGACUAGCGAUUUCACCAAGUACAACGCUGCCCUGAGCCUCACCAGUCCAGAUCUUAUUGCUUCCCUUCAUCUGAAUAACCACGGUGAUACCCUGGUUGCGUCCUACUACCACUUGGUAAAGAACCAUUCAGGCACUGCUGUUGGAGCUGAGUUGUCUCACAGCAUGUCGAGAAAUGAGAGCACGCUAAUCUUCGGGUCCCAGCACUCGCUGGAUCCCCACACGACUAUCAAGACACGUUUCAACAACUACGGCAUGGCCAGUGCCCUUGUCCAGCAUGAAUGGCGUCCCAAGUCCUUCGUCACCAUCUCUGGUGACGUUGACACUAAGGCGAUUGAGAAGAGCACGAAAGUUGGCCUAUCCUUGGUGCUCAAGCACUGAAGUGCCGAGUGUUUUUGGGCUCUAGGAAUUUAUUUUCGGUUCAGUUGGAUUGGAAUAAACAUGGUCUGGAGUCAUCUUUGCGGCACCAUUUUGAUCUUGAACUAUAUAUUUUUUUCACUCUCUGCAUGAUCAAUUUCAUAGGAAAAUAUUAGGAUUAAUUGACUUUAUGUUUCAAUUCUCAGCGCCCUGUUAAUAAUUCUGUUGAUUGAGACCAAUUGUUAAACUUGUGAAAUAUAUAAUGGUGAUUACUUUGGGUUUACAUCUAUGUUCAUUCA